AUGCCCAAAACAGCCGUCGUCAGCGGCGGAGCCCGCGGUAUCGGGCGCACUCUCGCACGGUACUUCCUCGAAAAGCACUACCGCGUCUUCAUCCUCGACGUAGACGAGCAGGAACUUACUCACACAACACGCACCCAUCUCAAGUCCUACUACGACUCCAAAGCCGUUGACUCAGCCAUGUGCGAUUUACGCAACACAGAUGAGAUCUAUAAUAAGAUUCAGCAAGCAGCUAAAUUUCUAGAUGGCCAUAUCGACGUUGUCAUCAACAAUGGCGGUAUUGCGUCACCGCAUUGGAAAGAUGGGAAGACUAUGGUUGAUAGAGAUACGUUGAAAGAGUGGCAGGCGUACAUAGAAACAAAUCUCACUGCACCGUUUGUGGUGUCGCAGGCUUGCAUCCCGUUUAUGAAGAAUGAGAAGGACACGGGGCCUGUUACGGAUGAUAGUCAUAGCACUGCUGGGCCAUGCAUCAUCAAUGUUGGCUCAUUCCGUGCAAAGCAGAGUGAUCCGAAUCAAGAGGGUUAUGCUUCUGCAAAGGCUGGCUUGUUGGGACUCACGCACAGUAUGGCUGUUAGUCUACAACCGUUCGGCAUCAGGGUGAAUCUGGUUGCGCCAGGUCGAAUCAAGGCUGGCCAUGAGUCGAAAGAGGGCGAUGAAAAGGGCGUUGAAUGGGCGCAUUUAAACGAGGAUAAGGAUGUUGAGGAUCAUCUUACAAAUAGGGCUGGAAGACCUUUGGAUAUUGCUGAGGCUGUUGAGUACUUGGUCAACGCGGGCUUUGUAACGGGUCAGGACCUCAUCGUCGAUGGAGGUGCAGUUAUGAUCAAAUAG